UUGAGGAUCAUUGAACAUUGUUUUUCAGUUUCAUUCAUUUGUCAUAAUCUUUUAUUUUGUAGGACUAACCUCGGAAGUGCCUCGCGGGAUAUUCGUUGCGCCCGCUGACUUGUCUUUACGGUAUUUAUGUCGUCACUUCCGGUGACAGCCGUCCGCUCCGCUCUCCGUACCGAUCGUUCUCCGUUAUUAGCCGAAGACGCGUCAGGUUGAAUCACCGACACCGAGCCCGGUGAACCGCCGCCGCUGAAGCUCUGGCUGCGGCCGUCACCUGCUCCGUAUCACCGGGGGGCCGCCGCCGACCCAGGGGCCCGGCGUCCCGCGCGUCUCUCACUCGUGUCGGUUGUUGUCGUCGCAAAGUUCCGGGACGCCUCCGGUGAGUUGGUCGGUUCGUGACGAUGCUGAGCAGCGUCGCUCUGCGGGCGCAGGUCGCCUCCAUCCUGGAAGCCCUGUCCAUCGCCGCCGCGGCGGAGAUCGCGGAGCUGGUGGAGGACGAGGUGGUUCUGCUGCGGCUGGAGACGUGUCAGCGGGACCAGGAGAUCCAGAAGCUGAGGGGCAACAUCCGGCUGCUGCACAGCGAGCUGUCGGCGGCCCGGGGCCCCGGGACCCGGAGAGCCGAGCCUUGUGGGGGGGACGGCGGUCACGGCUCCACCGGGGACGAGAGGAUCUCCCACGAACACGUUCACACCGACAAGGUCAACAGCUGCUCGGCCAAACCCGACUCGGUGGAACCGGGAGGUGAAGAGGUCAGAGGUCAGGCUGAGCUGCCGGGACAAGAGUUGACUCUGUGCGAAGGGAACAACAGACAGUGGAGGUCGACAACUGACGAGGAGACGGGACAAAACAACUUGAAUCAUCUGAACGCACGGCAGAACUUCCUGUCGAGUCUCCCAGAACCCCCCCUGGCCUCCGGGCCGGCCGUGCCGGGCUACGGUAAGAGUCGCAACGCUCCGCGGAGGAGGAGGACGGCGAAGAGGCUCAAGUUCGAGAUGGGCUACAUCUGCCCUUACUGCGGCAAAUGCUUUGAGCGAGGCGGCCACCUGGAGAGACACAAGAGGAUUCACACCGGGGAGAAACCGUAUCGCUGUGAGACCUGUGGGAGGCGCUUCAACCAGAAGUGCAGCCUGAAGGAGCACACCAAGAUUCACAGAAGAAAUAAUCAGGCCACACCAGUGGACGUCCCGGUGGUUGAGGAGAAGCAGAUCCCUGAGGUGAAGCCACGUGUCGACUCUCCUCUCCCCGAGGAAAAGAGCCGGACCACCGCCGACGAGGUUCCACUGAAGAUAGAGGACGUUCUCCCCCCACCUGUAGAAGUCAAAUCUGAGCCCGUAGAGGAGAACAUAACACAACCACAGUUUCCGGCAGGGAACGAGCCGCCGAGGGAAGGAGGGGACAACCUCGGGGAGAACUUCCCAGCGUUCGAGACAGAGGGUCGGCAGUGGAGGUCGGGGCCACAAGGACCGAGCGGCACCGAGAUGAGUGGGAUGGAAUAUCUCAGCAGCUCGGCACAGACUGUGACGUCCUUCCCCGGGAUCGCUCAGUUACUGCCGGCACCGGGGGAAGCUUCAUGUAGCUCCUUCUCCUUCCCAGGGAAACCGUACGGGGAGCUGAAGAGCAGCCUGAUCUCCCAAACGCCUUACGGGUCGCCAGACACACUCCUGCUCUCCAGCGAUCCAGGUUUACACGGCGGGUCGGAGGCCGUGCUGAAUCCCCAGCAGCAGCAGCUUCAUCCCCAGCAGCAGCAGAGGAACCUGUCUUUUCUGAUGAUCAAGCCCAAGAAAAGCUUCAACUGCUCGUUCUGCGGGAAGAUCUUCAAACGGGCCGGCCACCUCGAGACUCAUUUACGGAUUCAUACCGGGGAGAAGCCGUACGGCUGCCACAUCUGUGGGAGGUGCUUCACUCAGAAAAGCAGCCUGAAGGUCCACAUGAAGACGCACAGAAUUGGGGAGAACCCAGAUCUGCUGGAGGCUCAUCACCUGAUGUUUACGAUGCCUGAGAACCAGGAGCUGAAGCCUGAUCUGGUGAAGUUUGAGGACCAGUCAGCGAGCAGGGAGGCGCUCGGUGACCACACGGUGAUGGUGAAGCUGGAGUCCAACGGGGGGGAUUUUCCCACUCUGAGUCAGGACCGGCCCGACGGCGGCACUGGGGCGCUGGACCAAAGUGAGCUCUGGACUUCUGUGACAGAGAAGAGCAGUGAGGCCUACGUGCUGUCACAUGACAUCAAGUGUGAGCUCAGUCCCGCCGCAGCCAAUGAGCAGCAGGGAUACACGUGUGCGUCGCCGAUCAAGGAUAUGGCUUUUCUGAAAGACGAGGACAUGAUGCACGUGGACUACCUGGCGUCCGAGCUGCAGGAUCAACACGUCGCCCGAGAGGUGAACGAUAACGGCCCGGCCAGCGUCAGGACCGGGGAGGGAACCGGGUUUGAACUGGAUACGACGUCCACAGGGAACCAGGAGGAACACAAGGACAGCUGCGAUGGCGCCAGAGGAAACUGCUUCAUAUGCUCGAGCUGUGGACAGAGCUUCGAUACUUUCAUCUUAUUUCAGAGUCACCUGUGUAAAAACAUCAGUCAUUAGAUUUAAGAAAAGAAUAGAAGAGAGGAGGAAGAUCUUUACUUUGUUAUUUGAAGAAUAUAUUUAAAAUGCUCAGAUUAAAGUCAAACUAAAUUAUGGAAAUGUUGUUUAAUUUUUGUGAAUAUAGUUGAGAACAAAGCGGAACAAAAUAUGAUUAUGUUGAUGUUUGUAAACUGUUUAAUGCAAAAACUACUCUGUUGAUUUAUCUGAAACAUGGUUUAAAAAUGCGAUUGGGGCAAAGGAAACACCGGAUUCCAUCAAAGGAGCAUCUGUAAGAAUUUCUUUUUCAAAUCAACAUUGCGAGAUAUUAUGCUUUUUUUCUUUUUUACAUUUUCACCGGUUUCCCAGGGAAUAAUUUAUGGAUCUUGAAUAAAACAAUCAGACAUAUUUCGAGUUUUAAUGUCAAGACGUUGGAAGUUUGAUUCAUUCUUCAAAGUUUGACUUUAAUCAUGAAAUUUCAAUUUAGUUCUCGUUAAACACAUUUAAAAAGUAUCCUCCUAUGAUUUAGUUCGACUUUACUCUUGACAUUUUAAACUUUUUUCUUUUUUAUACCUUUUUUUUAACCUCCCUCUUCUCAUUUGUUCUCUCAUGCCUGGACUUAAUACUACUAAUACAAAAAUGUUUGUCUAACUUCUGUCACUUUACAAGAACCAAAACAAUCAGACUCUAACUUCAUGACUUUGAAGAGAAGCUGUUUUCAAAGCUAAAUUGAAGAAAAUCUAAGUUACACUUUUGUUUAUGUUAAAAUAAGUUUUAUUAUCGAACCGUCACCCAGAACCAAAGGUUGUGUUUUCUUUUGCUGGAAUUUGAAUAAAUGUUAUUCGUUGGGAUAUUUCCUUUAAUAAUUGUAGAGGUAAUGGGAAAAUAAGUUAAUCUUUAGUGUUUAAAAAGUAGUAAAGAAGUAAAAGAAGUGAAAACGUCUCUUGUUUUGUAAUGGGUCCGUGUCUGUCACUGUCAGAUGAAACUUACUGACUGCAGUGAAAAGCCGUUUGUCUGGUUGUCAGUGUCCUGAGUGAACGGAGCAGGUUCGAUUGUUCUGCAGCUGAAGAGUUUGAAUAGUUUGUCUCAACUCGACGGAAAGAGCCGGAAACACUUUGUGCUCCAGUGGGACGAGUGCCUCCGUGUUCACAUGGGAAACAAAACAGCUGCAGUGUGACUGACUGUCUGUUGUUUGCCUUUCACAAAGUCAUCUUUCUACGUUUACAUUUUUAUAUGAACUAAUCUUGUUUCCUUUUGAUGUCGCGAGUAUCGCAAAACGUUUUUAUGUUAAGCUCUGUUUUUCAAAUAAAUUCAAAACUAACGGA